AUGCCUGCCUGUUCUCUCUGUAUUAAUACUGUUCAAAAUGUUGCGAGUAGCGCGAUCAAACAAAGAAGCAGAGACAAGCAACCCUUGCAACGGUACGAGUCAGUUUAUACCUAUGACUCUUUCUUUCUUUCUUUCUUUCUUUCUUUCUCGCUCUGUUUCUUUCUUUUUCUCUCACUCACUCACUCACUCACUCACUCACUCACGCUAUCUAUCUAUCUAUCUAUCUAUCUAUCUCUGAUUUAUAAAGCUGAUGUUGGAGAUCAGUUACCUCUGGGUAACGUUUCAAAUUCUCUAAAAAUUUCUAUCUAUCUAUCUAUCUAUCUAUCUAUCUAUGAGUUCCCUGUAGUUCAUAUGAUAUAUCAACGUCAAUUAAUUAAUACCAAAAUCUAUCUAUCUAUCUAUCUAUCUAUCUAUCUAUCUAUCUAUCUAUCUAUCUAUCUAUCUAUCUAUCUAUCUAUCUAUACACACUUUUAA